AUGGAGAAAUACGUUGCUCUUUCUGUGAAGCCACUGUGGGAUAAAUAUAAAUUUGAAGAAAAUAUUGAUUCGGGAGCAUUCGGUUCUGUUAUGAAAGUAAUGAAUACUGAAGAUAAAAAAUUUUACGCAAUGAAAGUUUAAAAUCUAAAAAAUCUAAUGACUAGAGUGCCUAAAAAUUACAGCAAUGAGAUGGUUCGUAUCAUCCGCGAAAUAAACACAUUCAAACUUAGUCAUUAAAAUAUUACAAAAUUCUAUGAGUCUUACUUCACCGAUUAAGAUCAAUUUGCAAUUGUUACAGAACUUGCAGAGUCAAAUCUCUAUAUAUUCAGAGAAAACACAACUUUAACGAAUGCUGAGAUCGUCAAUAUAAUGAUCUAAAUAAUGAAAGGUACAAUUCAUCUACACAAGCAAAAUAUCAUGCACAGAGAUCUAAGUCCUGAGAACAUUUUAGUCUUUGAAAACGGCAAAAAGUUUAAAAUCUGCGAUUUCGGAAUGGCACAGCUAAUAUCAAAGUCUAAUUCAUUUGUGGGAAAACACUAUUUCAAAGCUCCAGAAAUAGCAUAAAAUGAGGAAUUCACCUACAAUAGUUAAGUUGAUGUGUGGUCUCUUGGAGUAAUACUCUACUACCUUUGCACUAAAUAGUAUGAAUACCAGAGUAAGACAAUAACUGAUUUAAAGCACCUAGAUAAUACAAAACUAAUUAGCCUUGAAGGAGAAUAAAAAGUAUUCGAGUAGAUUAUAAACAAAAUGCUUCAGUAUAAUCCUUCAUUGAGAAUAAAUGCUUAGUAAGUACUGUGUGAACUUUGUAGUCUUAAUAAUGAAUCUCUAAUUAAGCAUUGGGAAUAAGAAGAAGAAAAGUAAAGUGAUAAUAACCUUACUACUGAUGAUAGUCGUAGUGCUUUCGCUAUUACUAUUUAAUCUAAUGAUGCUGUUGUUAAUGAAAUUAUAUCAAAACUCAGAGAUUUUAACUAUUAAGCUCUUGAUAGCAUUCAUCCUAACCAGAACAGAAUCUUCAUGCCCCUUAUAAAAUAUACUGAUGGUGCUUAAUAUCAAGGUGAAUAUGAUUAAGUGACGUAAUAGGCAGAUGGUAGAGGAAGAUUCAUUUGGAGUAGUGGAGCAAUAUAUGAUGGAUUAUGGAAAAAUAAUUUGAGAGAUGGUUAUGGAUGA